GACUCUUCCAGCCUUGUUACAGCGGUCACGGAGUAACUCAGAGCACCACCCACUAUAAGUGGGUUUGAAGGAUCAAGGCCAGAUGGGGUGUAGCAGAAUGUAACAAUGUUUUCCAGUGACACGGCGCUGUCAGACUGAGUAUGUUGACAGUCAUUCUGGAAUAGACAAUGUGCUAACCUCCACGGGAUCGGUCAGGGGUUUGGUUCAGGUCAUCCGCAAACAAGAUUCCAAGGUAAUUUAAACUUUAAACAGAAGUGUUCCCUGCUUCUGUCUGGUCUAUAGCCCAUUCACUGUGUGGGGUAUUGAUGGGCAGAGUAAAAUACCAAUGGACAAGACUAGACAUCAAAUUCUGAGAGAGUAAGAACUGCUGAUGCUGGAGUCAGAUAUAACACAGUGUGGAGCUGGAGGAGCACAGCAGGCCAGGCAGCGUCAGAGGAGCAGGAAAGUUGACGUUUCAAGUCGGGACCCUUCUUCACCUGAAAUAGCUUCCCACUGCAGUUUCUGGAAGGUGCAGCUUCCUUAUUUAUACCAUUGCUGAUAAUGGAGCCUGCUGAUAGGAGCUAAUCAACUAGAUUGGGACUAUGGUGGAGCCAUUGAUGAUGAUGUGUUGGUCCAUGUUGGGCAUUCUGCUUCCAACUGUAGUUUUUGCAGCACCUCCUCCCAUCAAUAAACUGGCACUGUUUCCUGAUAAAAGUGCCUGGUGUGAAGCAAAGAACAUCACUCAGAUAGUUGGCCACACUGGAUGUGAGUCAAAGUCCAUCCAAAACAGAGCAUGCCUUGGCCAAUGUUUCAGCUACAGUGUACCCAACACUUUUCCGCAGUCAACUGAAUCCCUCGUUCACUGUGACUCCUGCAUGCCGGCACAGUCUAUGUGGGAAAUUGUCAUGUUGGAAUGUCCUGGCAAUGAGGAAAUGCCCAGAGUGGACAAACUAGUGGAAAAGAUUGUACACUGCAGCUGCCAGGCAUGUGGAAAGGAACACCACCAAGAUUCCCAAAUUUUUAAUGCAAUUCUAAAUGAGGAAGAAGCCUCUCCCAUGGAUACUGUUGGAUCCCCUCAGAUUGUUCACCAUGACGAGCAAGUUGCUCUCAGAAGUGGCACUGAGGAACAGUAGAGCAAUAGACUUUGGCACGAGAAGAAAAAAAAUGAAGUUUGUGGUAUAAAAUUUUUGUUUGUUUUAUUUGUUGAGCUUUAGAGAGAAAAAUCAAAAUAUAACAUUUUCUAAAAAAAAAAUCCAUGCAGACUUAUUUAAGGGGAAAGUCUUUAAAAUAUGCCAUUUGUUAUAGAAAUUAAGCAGGAAUCUCAAUCAAAUACUAAUAUAUAGCUCACCAAGAUCCAGCAAAGUAUAAUUAGAAUUGGUGAUCUGUGUUGGAUUCACAAUGUCUGUAAUUAACAAGUCUGUUUUUUGUACCGCAGAAAUCCCUGUGUGUAGCCAUUUCAAACUUAUAACUGUUUGUAUAUAAAAUUACAGUUUAUAAAUCUCAAACUUUUUUUCAAAA